AUGGACGUAUCGAUAGAGAAUACAAAAUAAAGAACCAAUUUAGCAGGUUAAAGAUUAUUGUCAUUGAUCAAGAAAGAUAUUUCUUAAAAACUCAAAAAAAAUCACUUUUCUCCUCCUUCAUCACCAUCUAUAUUAGAAGCAGUCCGAUCAAAACCGUUAAUAAAAAUUGAUAGAUCACAAAGAUCACCAGUAGUUCAACAAAUAAAUGAUUUAGAUUUUGGUUAUAUGGAAGAAUUAGAAAGGAAAAAAAUGUUUAUGAUGAUUAGACUUGGACAUAUCAAAGAUCCUGCUAGAUUGCUUCCGGUUCAUAAUUAUGAUAAGAUACCAGUUCUACCUAAAAAAAAGAGAAGAAAAAACAAUCAAACUCCAUCACCUAAGGUAUUUCCUUAGAAAAUUCAUUUGCAUAAUUCAAACGAUAUUUCAUUACCUACUUUGAGUACUAGAGUUCUUGAAGAUCCAUAUUAAAUGGGAAGAAUACAUAAUACAACUAAAUAAAAGUUAGACCAGAAAUAAAAGAGAUUGAAUGUUAUCAAUAAACGAAUAUUAAAUAAAUUCUCUAAUACCCCUGAUCUUGAGUCCUCAAAUUGA